GUGUAUCUGAUUUUGAUUUUCGAAUUUGAAUGCUGGGCAGGCGAAAUCCGAGUAGCCCCCUUAUGCCCUCUUGUUAGUCUCGACUAUCAUGUCUCGCAAUGGACUUCGUUAUUAUAAAAAUUCUUUGAACGUGUCUACCUACUUAAGCGUGUUCGCAAAAGGCAGCUGCUUAUGUUGCGAUUCUUCGCUUAGCCAUCACCUAACGUCUCCUCGCAAAAUGGCGUCAACAUCAUCAUCAUCAUCAUCUACCAGGUGGCAAUCCCUAGAACAAGGCGAACGCGAGAACAUGUCUCCCCAACCCGAGAAAAAUGGUGAUCCGGGACCUAAUGAACCCACUGGACCGGUCGCUACCCACGAGGAACAAUGGUUAACUGGCUUCAAACUUUUUAUCUAUCUAUCUACCCAGGUAAGGUACCUAGGUAAAUAUAAAUAACUGCGUGGAGAUGACAUACAGCUCAACUAUCAACAGCCAAGUAAGUGGAUAAGAGAUGGUUCG